AUGUCUUUUUUCAUGGUUUUGGCGAUUGCCGCCCGUCUCUCAUCGGCCGUGCUGUAUCCCGAAACAUCCGUCAACAAUCAUACCUGCGCCAUUCAGGAUUCCAAUUCCGUGCUUUCGUGCUCUGCCAAGGCUGUACCAGGCGUGUCGGACUCUUGCUGCGUCGAGACCUUCGGUGGUCUACUACUUUUCACCCAGUUUUGGAACACGUACACCGGUCUCGAGGACCAGGGGCAGCUGCUUCCCGAGUCUACCUGGACGCUUCAUGGGCUGUGGCCAGAUUUCUGCAACGGAUCAUACACCCAGUACUGCGACCUAACACGCCAAUACGACCGCUUCCCCUCUCCCAAUGUCACCAACUGGCCUGCUCCCAAUACGCAGGUGCCCGCCUACAAUGGCUCCAGCAUCGCCGAAUUUGUCAAGGACUUUGGCCGGGAUGAUCUCCUCGAGUACAUGAACACGUACUGGGUCGCGCAGGGACAGCCCAGCUACGAGUUCUGGGAGCACGAAUUUGCCAAUCCCUUGCUAUGGACUAAAGUACCAGAAAAAUCAGGAAGUGCCAUUAUGUACUAUCGCCGAACCCCGACCUGGCAAUGGUUGAACUCGGCCGGAAUUGUACCUUCCAACACGACGGCCUAUUCGCUCAAGUCCAUCCAGACCGCCCUGACCAGCAGCUACGGUGCUCUUCCAUAUAUCGCCUGUUCGGGACCACGCUACAAUGAGACUGCCGCUGGUUCAGGGAGCCUUGACAAUGGUCGCACUGUCCUGUCGGAGGCAUGGUACUAUGCUCAUGCCUACGGCCGACCCCAAGAUGGCAACACUGUCCCUUUGAACGCCACUGGAUCUGUCACCAGCUGCGCCAGCACCCCCGGCGCGGUUUGGUACUAUGAGCCAUCUGUCAAAUCAGUAAGGAAGGCGGUGCUUGAUGGCAUUGAGCUUUGA